AUGCGUAACAGAAGAGGAGCAGAUAGUCUUGUUCCUGUUAAUCCUGAAAUUGAGAAGGUUUUCAAACAAAACAGAAGAAACAAGAGGUUGGCUCGUCAGACUGUGGAGAUGGCACAGAAUGACAGGAAUAAUGAGGUUCCCGAGGUUGUUCAAGGUCAGGCUCAAAAUCCUGCUGCAAGGAGGCUAAGAGACUAUGUACUACCCACUAUUACGGGAGUACAAAACUGUAUAAGACCACCAGCUGUGGAGGCCAAUAAUUUUGAGAUUAAGUCGGUGAUCUUGCAAAUGGUGCAGUCCACUGUCCAAUUUGGUGGUUUUCCUUCUGAAGACCCCCAUAUGCACUUGGCGAUUUUCUUGGAGUUGUGUGAUACCUUUAAGUAUAAUGGGGUGAGCGACGAUGCAAUCAAGUUGAGGCUAUUCCCAUUUGCGCUGCGGGAAAGAGAUAAGAGUUGGUUGAACUACCUUCAAUCCAAUUUGAUAAAUACUUGGGAGGAUUUAGCUCAGAAAUUCCUUGCAAAGUUCUUUCCUCCAUCAAAAGUUGCUAAAUUGAGAGGAAAGAUUAAUAAUUUUUAUCAGCUAGAUGGUGAAUCUUUGUAUGGCUCUUGGGAAAGGUUCAAGGAGCUAUUGAGAAAAUGUCCUCAUCAUGGUAUAGAAAAGUGGAUGUUGGUCCACAAUAUUUACAACGGGUUGUGUGGUACAACGAGAACAAUUAUUGAUGCUGCAGCUGGUGAGGCAUUCAUGAGUAAGAGUGCCAAUGAAGCUUAUGAAUUGCUAGAGGACAUGGCCACAAAAAAUCAUCAUUGGUCUGAUGAGAGGUCAUCUGGGGUUAGAAAGGUAGCUGGGGUACAUGAACUUGACGCAAUUAAUGCUCUUACAGCACAAGUAGCCUCGUUGACAAAACAAUUGCAGCAAAAUAUUGUGUCUACUAGUGCAAUUCAGAUGGCAGCUAGGUGUGAAAUUUGUGGUGGUUCUCACUUUUUUUAUCAGUGUCCUGCAAGUAAUAAUAACAUUCCUAUGGACCAAACUCAGGUUCAAGCUGUGGGAAAUUUUCAGAGGCCAUUCAACAAUCCAUUCUCCAACACUUAUAAUGCUGGGUGGAGAAAUCACCCCAACUUUUCUUGGAGAAACAAUCAGGGCCAGCAACCUCAGUUUCAGGGCCAGUUUUAG